AUGGAGCAACAUCUUCUGUUGGUCAUUGCCGCCAGUUUGGUGGUUUGUGGGACAUCUAGACUUAUAGAUCUUUCUCAUGACCACGGACCAGACACCCUUAUGUCCCCGAAUCUUUUGAUCGCAGAUAAAUAUGUUUGUCCUCAGUGUCGAAUCAGGCGUUUACUCAGCGGUGAACAUGGUGGGACGCACCUGGACCCGCUCCUGGUGCACUUUCAGCGAGGGGGGCAGCAGCUGCAACAGAUCCCGCUGGAGAAUACAAUAGCUGAAGGUGUUAUGAUUGACUGUUCGGCAGAAGCAGCAGAAGAUCCCAGUUUUUUAGUCCCACUUCAAAAGGUACAGACAUAUCA